UCUCAUGCACACAGUGGAAACGCGCUUAUCGGUUGCGUAUCAGAAUCGGCGCGAGUCAUCGGGCUUUCUGGUUUUACUCAGCAUUCAAUAUUUUUUAUUUUUUUUAUUUUUGCCUGAUGCUCUGUUUAGGUUUAGGAAGCUCGAUCCUGUCACAGAGCUCCAGCUUCUCUCCCACUGUCACAGACUCCUGUGUGGAGGCGUCUGUUUUAACCAGGCUUAUAAAACCAAAAGAACCCAAGAAGUUCCCAAAGAUGUCCCACCACACACAAACCCUCUGAGUGCACUCCCACUUAAUAUGGCCUCUUUCUUUGCUCCAAACUUCUUCUUCUUCAAAUCUUGUCACUCAUCAUCUUUUCAGCUGUCUAACAAUGUAAAAAUGUGCUCGAAUGGGGAAGUUUGCUGCAGGCCAUUUGCCACUUGCCACUUGCCACAGGAACAAACAAAAGCCGUUCCUGUAUUGUAACUGAAAGGAGGGGUGGCCUUGGUCCCUCCACCUCUCGAAAAAGAUUGCAUUUAAAAGGUAAUUAGCACGAGCACAAGAAUCAAGACCUUUUUUUUUUUCGUUUGUUUUCACCACCCUCUCACUUUAGUGUGAGGCGGUGGUGAAAAUGAGCCAGUGUACAGAGCACUUUUGUUAAUACUCACACUCAAAGGGAAACUAUGGCUGAUCUGGGAAAUGAAGUUGGUUCCUUCUCCUCUUAUAUGCGCUUCAACUCCUCGUUUCAGUUAUCAGUUUGACCCACAUCAGUCUUCAGUGUUUAAAAAAGAAAUGAACUUUGAUCAUCAGCGUAUGCAACCUCUAACGAUGGAAAUGUUGACCCUGUGAGAGACGGGCGUAGAAAAUGUGAAACAUGGCAUUUGACACCCAGUGGCGAUGUCUUCUAACAUCUUCUGAUAGAACGACUAUUUCAGAUCUGACAGUUGACAACCAAGCAACCGAUUGGCUUUUCUGAGUAUAAGGACUUCAGAUGUGUCCCCUGCCAGCCACAGUGGCCCUUCAGUCACGAGAUGUUUUCCAGAAGUCAGAACGACAGCGACGGGGGAGGAGGGCAGCAGGGGUCAUCAUUAAACCGGCCAGCGGGUACACUGAAUGACGAAGGGAGCUCUGAAGCACGGACUCGGCAGACCGAUGACGGUCCUCCAAAUCCCGGGUUGAACAAAGGACAGCUGCCCCAUACUGAACCAGUGCUAUCUCUGGAUCAGAUUAGGAUAACUGGGAGUAGCAAUGAGUACACAGAAGGGCCCACUGUUGCCCAAAAAUUUUCAGGUACUCAGGAUACAUCACAGGGCUUAGGAGGCAGUGGACAGCAGGAGACUCAAAAAGAGAGGCCUUAUAAUCUCCGCAACCUGCACGGAAACUCUUCCACGGCGGGUGCUAUGCAGUCUUCCAGUGUAGACGACUCCCAUAGCAGCAUCAGGACCAGCGUGGGAAGCGUUUCUUCAGACCAGAGGCUUAUCGGCAGCCCAGAGAACGGCGACCAGAUAAUCAGAACACAGCCCAAGCGUUCCGAACUGAACUCGGAGGAGCUGAAACCCCUGAAUGAGGAGUCCAGGCCAGUGGUGGUGAUGCCGAGCAGCAAUGUCACUAGAAAUCAAGGUAAACACUCGGUUAGGUGUGAGGACUGCGGCCGAUGUCAGUGUUCAGAUUGCCGUCGCCCACGGGUGCUCCCUUCCUGUUGGAUGUGCGGCCGGCGGUGCGUGUGCUCAGCAGAUAGUGCGGUGGAGUACGGGACGUGCGUCUGCUGCAUUAAAGGCCUUUUCUACCACUGCUCCAGCGAUGACGAGGACACGUGCACGGACAAGCCAUUCUCGUGCACGCAGUCCCACUGCUGCGUCCGCUGGGUCACCGUGUCACUCCUCUCCUUGUUCUUGCCCUGUAUCCUGUGCUACCUCCCGGUUAAAGGAUGCAUGGCAGUGUGUCAAUGCUGCUAUGACAGAGUCAAACGACCCGGCUGUCGUUGCAAGAACUCAAAUUCAGUCCACUAUGAGGAUGUCCGGAAACCAACGUAGACGUAGUGUGUGUGUUGAAAUGGAGAUGGAUGGAAGGGCUCUACGCUCGCUCAACUCAAUAGGCGUGUAGUUGUGUAGAUGAAAGGUUUUAAUAGAGAUCUAAUAAUGCUGUUGUGCUUAAGUUUUUGUAUUUUUCAUCUAGGUCAUUACAAUAUCUGCUGAAAAAUGGCCUUAAUAUGCUGCCUUUUUAAAGUGGGCUCAGAAAAAUCUUUGUACUAAAGGCACGGGAGGUGCAUUCACUCACCCUAGCAUUAGGAGUUUCACUUGAAAGGUAAACCAAAAGAAGCGCUCUACAUUUAAAUGUAUGAAGACAUAUUCAACUACUGUCUUUUUUUCCUCCUUUUUUUUUAAUGUCCUGAAAAUUUGUUCACUCAAGUGCCCUCGUUGUUUUAUUGUUAUGAGAGUCCAGCAGAUAGCGUCUUCUCUCUUUUUGUUUUAACAUUUAAUACAACUUGUGUGCUAAGAACAGACUCCUGUUACUGACUGUAAAGUUUUAAUUGCAAACGGUGUGCGUACGUCAGAAAACGAGUUGAACAGAUGUUUUAUUUUUGUACAUAAUACUUCACCUGGGAAAAGUUUUCUGCCAUGCCAGAGGCACCUUGAUGAAUCCAUACCUAAACUAAUCAGCCACAACAUUAAAACCACUGACAAGCGAAGCGGUGAUCUCAUUGCAGUAUAAGGUUUGCCCGGGAAAUGUACCGCCCAUUUAAACGUCGUUUACGCAAAGCCCCACCCCGGGACAGGGGACAGUGUUCACGUCACACUUCAUAAACUGCUCAGGAACGAUUUGAAAGAACACAUUAAAAUAUCCCAAACUGAUCAGAAACAAACCAGAGUCACCGACCCACAACCCUUGACAGUGUCCUCACUACCAGACACAACAUUAAUCACAGUGUUUUUCAAGAAAAGGGAGACUGGUGGUUUUAAUGUUUUUGGCUAAUUGGCUAUAUGAAUCAGAUAAAUUGACCUUUUUUUUGUUUGUUUGAAAUUUAGUUUUACAUUCACUGGAAUGUUUCUUAAUCACGUUUAUGUAAUUUACAAAAGAAAGAUCUUAUCCCUUCUACUUGUAAAUUGUACAGUGAACUUAUAUGAAAAUUCUAUUUUCUAAUUCCAACAUUGCCUAGUGUAAAGUUAAAACUAUAUAUUUAUUUGAAGGUUUAUUAUUUUAUAAUGAUAAAAUAUUUAUUUUGAGAAGGCAUCAAUGUUUCGCCUGCUUGUGGGAGAAGGGGUCACUCUGUAGUCACUGCAAGAUCAGAGCGGACCCUGUACGAGUGUCAAAGCUGGAUGAAUAUUUCACUAUGGAUUAGGAGACAAAUAUAUUAACGUUUGACAUUAAACAACCCUGAAGUCUGA